UAUUGCAUGUGUCUUUUCGUUCCUUUAUAGGAUGUCGACAAUCGGAACAUCUCGGCUAUUAUCAAUAAUGAUACACAUUCAAGCAUUUGAGUAACCUUGAUAAUAUCAUUCAACAACCAAAAAUAAAGUGUACGCGACUGUGAAUCAUUAUUCUUAGGGCUGUGAAAGAAGUGUUGUUGAGAAAGCCUUAGAUAAAAUGAACCUUUGUAGAAAUAUUUCAAGGGUACUGUCUACAAAUCUACAAGUUCGAAAUAUAAGCACAUCAUGUUGUCUGAAGGAACUUCAAAAACUGUCUACAGUGAAAGUUGUUGACAAUAGCAUGAUGGGACGUAAAGCAGUAUUGGCAGGCAAAAAAGUGAAAAUAAUUCAUGUUUAUAAUAAAACAUCAAUAGGAAGGAUAGGCGACAUGGUAAAAGUUACAAUUAUGGGUGAAAUGAAGAAAGCUUACAUUGUUGGCUGUGUACAAAAACAGAAACCAAAUGUUCCAAGAUUUGACACAAACAAUAUAGUUCUAAUUGAAGAGAAUGGAAUCCCAACAGGGACAAGGAUACGUGCUCCAAUACCUUCUUGUCUGCGUGGAAAGGAAGGAGACUUCACUAAGAUAUUGUCCAUGGCCUCCAAAUUUGUUUGAAGUUUUACCUUUUGGUUAUAAAUGUGACUUAAGUACAUUUUGUAUCUUUAAAGAUGAAGCAUAAAUAGGAGAGUCAAACUGAAAUGUUAGGCAUCUUUAUGGCAGGGUCUAAACAAAUGGAAAUUAUAAUAGGGGGAUCAUUUAAAGAAUGCUGUCCUUUUUUUAUAAGCAUUUAAAGGUAAAUUGUUGAGAAUAAAUGUAAAAUGCCUAAAAC